AUGUCGGGAAAAAGUACAACAAAAAGACCAUGGCGGAAAGAGUUAAAAAAACAACAACGCAAGCGCAGACGUCGGAAAGAAGCUGUGGCGCGUGACCUGCGUUUGGAGGAAGAGGAAGCACAUAAUCUGAAAGAUCCUGCAUACCAACAGCUGCUACAGCAGCAAGUGCAGCUGGAAGAGGAACAGAAACGCGCAGCUGAGAAGCGUCAUGCCGAAGAGGAGGAAAUUUGGCUAAGGCGUGACCUGCUAGCACAACGUGAAUUCCGGCUCAAGCAGCAACAACGCGCAGCUUUAGAAGCCGCAGAAGUAGCCAAACGUAUAAAGCAGGCAGAAGAGCUGGCGGCAAAGGAAGCUGAGCAACGACGGCGUCACGAAGAGCAUGAAAAGAGUAAAGCUGCCGCCGCAGCUGAAUUUGAGCAGAUGAUGCAGUGUAUGGAGAAUUUUCUCAACAAUGAUGGUCCACCACCUGCGGAACUACGCCGAGUAGUAGAAUCACGACCCAACCAAAAUUUAUGUAUUCUGUAUGAGCGUACGAAUUGUUGCCGAUAUGGAGCGCCAUGCGUUAACAAUCAUCGUCGGCCGCUGCUUUCGAACAUAAUUGUUGUGCGUCACUUCUUUAUGCAUCCGCUACUGGAAGUAGAGCAACAUAAGGAAUACGCGAGUGCUGAUGGGAGUUUAGAGUUAAGUGAACAAGAUUUGCGCGAGGCGUAUGAAGAUUUUUUCGAAGAUGUAUUACCCGAAUUGGAGGAGUUCGGAUAUAUAUUAAAUUUUCGCGCUGUACGCAACGUGCUGCGUCACAUGCGUGGACAUGUGUUUGUCGAAUAUGUGGAUGAAAGAUCAGCCUUAAAAGCUUUCAUAAAGUUACAAAGUCGUUAUUACGCCGGUAGACAAUUAAAUGUCGAGUUUUCAUGCAUUAAAUCUUGGCGUAGCGCAAUCUGUGGUUUAUCACUUGCACAUAAAUGUCCAAAAGGCGACAAAUGCAAUUACUUACAUUUGUUCAAAAAUCCAGGCAAUAAAUGCAGUAUGCCUUUGGAUGUUAACAGAACUCCAAGUGCCAGGGCGCAAAUGGUCACGCCUUUAAUGAGCUGGAAUACGGUGACAGCGAAUGAUGUCAAACAAAGCUCACGCAACUGGCGUUGGUCUGAGAGUCCGGAAUUGGAAAUACCGGUAAGAAAAGUUGAGACUGAGAGGAUAGAAAAACAAGUUAGCAACCAUGAUGAGUGCAGUAAAAGUAAGCAGCUACAACAACAACAUCAGCGCAGUAAAAGUAAUAGUGAUACCAAACUGGAAAAUACCUCCUCGUCGCAAUCGAAAGAAUGCAUGGCAGACGCAGAUGCUAAUACAAAAUCAAAAGAGCGACAAAGAAGGCACAAACAUGCGCUCGAUAAGCCUCCCAAGAGACAUAGACGAGAGCAUUCACGCCAUUCCGAGCGUGCUAAAAAGCGACAGGAUCGCCACAGUGAAGUCGACUCAAGGAGUGGCAGCUCGCAAAGUUAUAAAGAUGAUAGCAGUAAACGCAGGCCUUCUACCACAAGCAGUGAUGACAGCCAAAAUUAUAAAGACAAGAGCACUAAAAACAGACAUUCAACUAUUGAAGAGAAGUUUAAGCACCGAAAACACCGUAAAUCUAGUAGUCCAGAUUGUUCCACGCCAAAGAAACAUAAGCACAGGAGCAUUAAAAGAAGCCCAAACAACUAUGAAAGUACGUCAAGCCGAUAAAUUUAAAACAAUGGACAGACCAGCUCAAAGCGCCAUAUGCCAAAUUAUAUGAAUGUACAAAAUCAAAAAAGCUUCAGGUGGUUCACUUGUGGUUCCAUAUUUAGUGAUGAGAUUACAGAAUUAAUUUUGAAAAUAAAGGAAUAUUAUUAUUGCUA